UACCAAAAUGUCUUGCGAGGGGAAUGGUUAACUGGCGCCCAAAAAACAUCGAAGAUCUUUUUUUCUUUGGUAACUAAUCGAAGUUCGAAGAUCCAUUAUCCACAAUAUGGCACUGAAAUGAAACGGCUAGUUGCUUUUCUACGAACCACUGGUGCCGAACAUUAGCUGCAACAAUAGAAUCUCCGAGAGUAAGUCCAAUCAAAGGGCAUUUGAUCGAGUAUUCCACCGAUCUCUAUAACAGUCAUGGACUGAAACUGAAGAUGGAGGAAGAUAAAGAUUCAAUCUCCUUUCCUUACAAGGAUUGGGAACAAAUCUACCCAUUACCUUUCGAAUCAUCAUCACCAUCAUCAUUUCCUUUGUCUUCUUCAAUCCAAACCCAUAAUUUCCCUUCAACGGAUGUCCAAGAGGAGCCACCUUCGACAGGAUGGGAAGUGGUGCUGCGUCGGGAGACUCAAUCCGCCGACGAUUACUCCAUAUUUCCCCCGAGCAACCACGAAGGAUUACACAUUCCUUUCCAAGAAGAUCACCUCCAAGGGCGACAAGAACAAUUAGUAUCAGAAGAAGAACCAGAAUCAGAGGUUGAAGCAUCGACAUCGCCAAUGCCAUCGCCAUCGCCAUCGCCAUCGCCGUCGCCAACGCCAACGCCAACGCCAUCGCCAUCUGAUUCUGUUUUAGAGUUUCCAACACCUCGGCUUUCCGAUUCCAGUCUCCGAGUCGCAGGGGACAUCGUGAAGCAAUUGCGCUUUGGGUUAGAGUUCUUGUGCUCCAAUUUCUUCCGCAUUGCUUCUUCGCUCCGUUCUCGUAUUAUCAUCAGGGGAAAUUUUUGGCCUGUUUCCUCUUCCAUCGGAGUCGCAGCGGCGCUUUUGUCGUCGUUGCUGUACAUGGGGGUACGACGGUGGCGUCGAAGAAUCCAGUUGGGGAAACUGGACCGACUGAUACUUCUCAUCCAAGAGCAGGAUCAGAAGAUUAGUCGGCUCUCGCAACAAAUUGCCCAAAUGAAUGAAGUAUUAUCAGCCCAUUACAGAGUCCCUGUACUUAGGAAAGGGUGAUUGGUCCCAUACAGUUUCACAAACAGAGUGGGGUUUUCAGUGUUGGUUAUCCAGUCUCUACUUCAAUUGGAAGUUCUAAGCCUGCAAAAUUAGCUUAUUCACUGAAAAUGAAGAAAAAUGAGCCAUAAAAUUAA